GGAAAGAGAGCUGGGGGCCCAGGGGGAUGGACCACAAACUAAAUAUGAGUGACCAGUGUGACGCUGUUGCAGAAAACACGAACAUCGUCCUGGGCUGGACCAGCAGGAGUGUUGUGAGCAAGACCCGAGCAGUGAUUCUUCCGCUCUGCUCCGCGCUGAUUAGCCCUCAGCUGGGGAUGUUCGUGCCAAAGACCUGACAAGCGGGCACCACGCCAGGCCAAGCCACCCCCGCUAGAUGCCUGGGUUCAGAGGGGGCCUGCGAAAUCCCCGUUCCGCCAUGUUCAGAGCGCACUUGGCGGGGGACGCCCGCUCAGCUUGACAGCAGCUGGCACAAAGCCCGAGCCCUGCCUGCCUGGUGAGUCAGUCAGCUCCGAAUCUCGCCCCUUUCCCUCCCAAAGAGUCUGUCAUCAGGGCACCCGAAAAGUCAUUCAGUGCCAGUGCAGUCCGGAGCACCCGGUUCCCCCUGCGCCCGAGCGAGCGACAUGGAGCUCACCACGGCCACACUGCUUUUGCUGCUCCUCGGCCUCUCCUGCCUGCUCGUCUGCCUCCAUGGGAAGGGCCAGCAGAAGAGGGGGUGUUUGCCCCCGGGCCCGCGCCCGCUGCCCCUGCUGGGGAACCGGCUGCAGCUCGAUGCCAAGGACAUGGUCAAAUCUCUUCGCAAGCUAAGUGAGCGCUAUGGGCCCAUCUACACCCUCCACCUGGGCUCCUGGCGGGUGGUGGUGCUGUGCGGCUACCAGGCAGUGAAGGAGGCCCUGCUGGACUAGGCCAAGGAGUUCAGAGGGCGCGGGGAUCUGCCCGUGCUCUUCCGUUUUACCCAAGGGAACGGCAUCACCCUGAGCAACGGGGAGAAGUGGAAAGUCCUGCGGAGAUUCGCCCUGCAGACGCUGCGCAACUUCGGCAUGGGCAAGCGGAGCCUGGAGGAGCAGAUCCAGCAGGAGGUGCGGUGCCUGGUGCAGGAACUCGCCCAAACGCAAGCCGCGCCCUUCGACCCCACCUUCCUCAUCAGCCGGGCCGUCUCCAACGUCAUCUGCUCCAUCCUCUUCGGGGGCCGGUUCGAGUACCAGGACGGGAGCUUUCUCACCCUGGUCGGCCUCACCAACCAGAUCUUCCAGUUGCUCAGCUCCCUGUGGGGGCAGAUGUACAGCAUCUUCCCUGGCCCCAUGUCCUGUGUGCCGGGGCCUCACAACAGGAUCUCUGAGAACUUCGAGCAGCUGCGGCUCUUUGUGCUGGAGCAGGUGAAGAUGCACCAGGAAUCCUUUGACCCCAACUCCCCCCGUGACUUCAUCGACUGCUUCCUCCUCAAGAUGGAGCAGGAAAACCAGGACCCACUGAGCUACUUCCACACAGAGACCCUGGUGAUGACCACACACAACCUGUUCUUUUCGUGCACGGAGACAGUCAGCACCACCCUGCGCUAUGGCUUCCUCCUCCUCAUGAAGCACCCAGAGAUCCAGGUCAGAGUCCACGCUGAGGUCGACCAGGUGAUCGGGCAGCACCGCAGCCCGUCGGUGGAGGACCGGAGCCGCAUGCCCUACGCUGAUGCCAUGAUCCAUGAGGUGCAGCGCUUUAGCAACGUGUUCCCCAUGGGGGUCCCGCACGCGGUGACCCGGGACACCCGCUUCAGGGGUUUCCUGCUUCCAGAGGGCACGAACAUGCUCCCGCUGCUGUUCUCUGUCCACAACGACCCCACCCAGUUCAAAGACCCGGCCACAUUCGACCCGGCUCAUUUCCUGGACCCGAGCGGAGGCUUCCAGAAGCAUGACGCCUUCAUGGCCUUCUCCACGGGGAAGAGGAUCUGCCUGGGCGAGGGCUUGGCUCGCAUGGAGCUCUUCCUCUUCUUCACUGCCAUCCUGCAGCGCUUCACCCUCAUGCCCCUCGUCCGCCCGGACGACAUUGACAUCUCGCCUCUGAUGAGUGGCCUGGAGACCGUGCCACGCCACUACGAGUUCCAGGCCGUCCCUCGCUGAGCGAGCCGCUGCCCAUCCCGCCUCCGCUCCCCUUUCACAGCCUCGUGUCCUGCAGCCUUUGCAUGUCUGAGAUGAGUUUUCAGGCCUCAUCGCUUGCAGUGUCUAAUCAGCACAACUGCAGUGUUCCUGCUCUCGAGAUUUUACCGCACUGCCUGGCGGGCUUCUCUCUUUUUAAAGUCCGGACCUCCAGAUUCGUGAGCUUAGUUCAAGUUUUCAUUACAAUCAACUACAAAUAAAAAUUGUCCAGCUCUGGGGGUGGUAGAGAAAAGUUUAGAAACUUGACUCGAGUAAAGAAACCAGAAGCAA